AUGUCUUACACAACUACUCUUUCCCAGAAGCUCCCAGAGGAAGCAGUUCAGCCUGUCAGUUCGUCUCUGUCCGAUUACGAUGCGGACCUCUCGUCGUCCAGCUACACGGAAAGUCCGGAUAUUGAAGAUCGAGAGAAAUAUGCAGGCAUACGAGCAGGUAAAAAGAAGAAGGGCAAGGGGACCCCCGGUCUUCGCUUCAUGGUAUGGACUGCAAUCAAUGUUGCUUCCACAGUUGCCAUAGUGUUCACGAACAAAUACAUCCUAUCCGAUAUAUCAUUCCGCAACUGCCAGGUCGCCUUUGCUGCAUACCAUUUCUUCAUCACCGGGGCCACAUUAUGGGCCAUCUCUCGCCCGCAGUGCGCCGUCUUCAUACCAAAACAGGUUUCUGUAGUGCAGAUUAUCCCACUGGCUGCAGCGAUGUGUAUCCAGGUGAUUCUGCAGAAUCUUUCGCUGGCAUAUUCCUCCGUCAUGUUCCACCAGCUGGCCCGAUUACUCUUGACACCGGUCGUGGCCUUACUGAACUACAUGCUCAACUCGACCACGAUACCCCAGACGGCCAUCUCCUCUCUGAUCCUGCUGUGCUCCGGCGUCGGAAUCGUUUCAUACUAUGACUCCCUCUCGAUGGACAACGCGAGCACUGCGAGUACCUCUUCGUGGGGAACGGUAUUUGCCCUCGCAGGCGUCUGCGCCAGUUCAAUCUACACGGUGUGGAUCGGACAGUAUCACAAGAAGUUCCAGCUGAACAGCAUGCAGCUUCUCCUGAACCAGGCGCCGAUCAGCACCGCUCUGUUGCUGCUCACUGUUCCUUUCACUGCGACGCCGCCGUUGGGGGCUGUUCCAGUGUCCAUGUGGAUUCUAAUCUUAAUGAGCGGCGUCUUUGCUUCCUUGGUGAACCUCUCGCAGUUUUAUAUCAUUGACUUGGCUGGACCCGUCAGUGGGACUGUGGUCGGCCAGCUCAAGACGUGCAUCAUUGUCGGGCUGGGAUGGGCUUUCAGCACCCAUCCAGUCUAUUUCCAGAGCAUUGUCGGUAUCGUCCUGGCGUUGGUGGGCAUGAGCAUGUAA